GCAGACGCAGGGGCAGCGAGUGGACAUUUUGGUCUUUGUCCGCGGGUCAGCACGGUCGUCUGGUCCACGUGGCGCCGAAGUAGGAGAAGCAGCUGAGGAGUGAUAAGCACAUCGAAGGACACCAACAUCUGGGAGGUCAGUUGAAUCGCCAAGGAGAGUAGUGAACACAAGAACUGGAAUCCUCCUGUGCUCACAGACUUCAUUUCUUUUCUUUCAUAACAGACUUCAAUUUUUAAAAGGCAAACAUUUUCAAAGCUUAAAGCUUUGAGCUUGAAAUGUAAUUUAGAUUUAAACAGAAAGUCCCAUGGGAACAAAUCGUCUGCUUUAUACAGUUUGGCAAUCCUCUGCCGUAGUCACUCCUGGUGAGAAUGUCUUGUCAGUAGAGUGCAGUGUGGAAAUGCCUGCAGUUUGUUAGUGGAGAGCGCAGACCAGAGGAAAAGCCUCUGAGUUUCCUGAAGGCGGGAAGCAUUUACUUAAGUGUCCUGUCUCCCUGAACAGAGGAGUCAUGCUGAGAGGAAGCCCUGGGUCUCUAAGCAGUACUGAAAAGCCAUUAGCCAGAUGACAGUUCUCUCAGCAUUGCUGGAGGAAAACAAGUGAACUUUGCAAAAACAACAUUGACUCUUAGUAAAACUUACCCUGGGAAGAAAGGUUUGUUGUGAUAAAGUUCUUUUAGACUUUCUCCCUUUCUCUUCAUUUGAAUGAGCAGGAGACACAGAAAGAAGGCUUAGAACUGUAAGAAAUGUGGACACAUCCUCAGUCAAGAGCAAACCCUCAUUCCUCGUAUUGGAGAUAAGCACUGUGGAUGUGAUAGCGUCUAUUCCGAUGUCACACGUCAGUCAGCAGAGGAGUUUAAGUGGGGGAAGCCCCUUUGCCUGUAAGGUAUGUGGGAAACUCUUUAGCCACAAAUCGAAUCUUACAGAGCACGAGCAUUUUCAUAAUAGAGAAAAGCCAUUUGAAUGUAACGAGUGUGGGAAAGCCUUUAGCCAGAAACAGUAUGUCAUUAAGCAUCAGAACACUCACACCGGAGAGAAGUUAUUCGAGUGUAACGAUUGUGGAAAAUCCUUUAGCCAGAAGGAAAACUUGCUUACCCAUCAGAAAAUUCACACCGGAGAGAAACCUUUUGAGUGCAAAGAUUGUGGGAAAGCUUUCAUCCAGAAGUCAAACCUCAUCAGACAUCAGAGAACUCACACAGGAGAGAAGCCCUUCAUUUGUAAGGAGUGUGGGAAAACCUUUAGUGGCAAAUCAAAUCUUACUGAGCACGAGAAAAUUCAUAUUGGCGAGAAACCCUUCAAGUGUAAUGAGUGUGGGACAGCUUUUGGCCAGAAAAAGUACCUGAUAAAGCAUCAAAACAUUCACACUGGAGAGAAGCCGUAUGAGUGCAAUGAAUGUGGGAAAGCCUUCUCUCAGCGAACAUCACUUAUUGUGCAUGUGAGAAUUCAUUCAGGUGAUAAGCCUUACGAGUGCAAUGUCUGUGGGAAAGCCUUCUCUCAGAGCUCGUCUCUAACCGUGCAUGUGAGGAGCCAUACAGGAGAGAAACCCUAUGGCUGCAAUGAAUGUGGGAAGGCCUUUUCUCAGUUCUCAACCCUGGCCCUGCAUCUGAGAAUACACACAGGUAAAAAGCCUUACCAGUGUAGUGAGUGCGGAAAGGCUUUCAGCCAGAAGUCCCAUCACAUUAGACACCAAAAAAUCCAUACUCAUUAAAUGCUCUGGAUAGUUUCAAUAUGGAGAAGUGUUCAUUAGGAAUUUACACCUCGCUGGGCAAUGGUGACACACACCUUUAGUCCCAGCACUUGGGAGGCAGAGGCAGGUGGAUUUCUGAGUUCGAGGCCAGCCUGGUCUACAGAGUGAGUUCCAGGACAGCCAGGACUACACAGAGAGACCUUGUCUCGAAGAAAAAAAAAAAAAAAGAAAAGAAAAAAAAAAGGAAUUUACACCUCAGUGCAUCAUUUGGUGAUUCUGAGGCUAAGCACCGUAAAUCAGCCAAACAUUUAACAUAAGAUGUUGUGAACACCGGAGAAUUCAUACUGAAGGGAAAGAAGUGUGUAGGAUUAAAAGCUUGCACUCAAUGAAUGCAUCGGAACAGAAAAGCAGUGCUGAACUGUGAACACAGUCGUCUACCAUCGAGAACCGCAAACAGGCCUGUUACAGCCGUCAGCAUCGAUCUGCGGUUCAUCACUAGUCUAGUUAGCGAGGACAGUAAUUAUAGAAGGAUAACUGUACGUUUACCAGAUUUCAAUAUGAAAAUAACUGCUUCAGCUGAACACCAAGAUGAUGUGUGGAGGUCAAUUGUCCUCUGAGGAGGAGACCUGCACACCACAAAGUAUAAACGAUAGUGACAGUAAAAUGCAUGGAUACCGAAAGCAGAAGUACAGAAAUGCUAUACAUUAUACAAGUUUGACUCUGGGAGUGGGAAAACAUUCCAUGUAACAUUUGAAAACACUUAGAAAUUCUCAUGAGUAUUUAUGCUCAGGAGGUGAGGCACCAGGAAAUUUACCAUGACUUAAUUUAGAAUAGCCAAAUAUAGAACUGAACUGCCUGUUGGGAACGGAACGAGACAGUUAUGCACCAGGUGUGUGCAUAGCUGGAGGGACUCUGGAAGAAGUGGGGAGACUUAGUUUACAGGACUCGUACAGUACAGUGACUUUCAAGUUAAAAUUUCCUUCUUGAAACUCAGCAUAUUACGGUAUAAAUACACAGGUAUGUAAAUGUUCAACAUCCAUCAGAAGGAUGUAGACAAACUCCUGAGAGUGAGGA